UGGCACCAGGCUGAGCCUGGCGGCUCCGGCAGUAAUCCCGGCGCGGACUACAAGUACCACGAGCUCCCGUCUGGGUACUACAGGUCCCACAAUACCUCACGCCGCCUGGUGUCUCCGCGUCGGUCCCGAUUUAAAUCCUGACAGUGAGGAAAAUGGCGGUGCGGGGCUGAGUGUGGGGGAGAUGGAGAUGUAGCUGAGCUUUGGCUGAUUUCCCAGGCAUUCCUACUGGCUUCUGCUGUAGUGAAUACUGUGCUCGGAUGUGACUUAAAAUGAAUUCUGAUGCUGAAGGUCCUCUGAAAAAUAUGCAGUGCUUGAAUGUUUGCUAAGGAUUACUGCUGAUGCAAGGUCAAGAUGAGUGAAUUAGGAGAAAACUCCUUAGAUAGUUUGACUAAUGAGUCAAGGAAGCGCAAGCCAUUGCCCUGUGAUACACAAGGUGCAAGUCUGGUCUGCAGUGGUGAGAAGCGUCGACGUGAGCAGGAAAGCAAAUACAUUGAAGAGCUGGCUGAGCUGAUAUCUGCUAAUCUGAGUGACAUCGACAAUUUCAAUGUCAAACCAGACAAAUGUGCUAUCUUAAAAGAAACUGUGAGACAGAUUCGACAAAUAAAAGAGCAAGGAAAAGCAAUUUCUAAUGAUGAUGAUGUUCAGAAAGCUGAUGUAUCAUCCACGGGUCAAGGAGUUAUUGACAAGGAUUCAUUGGGACCUCUUUUAUUACAGGCAUUGGACGGCUUCCUCUUUGUUGUAAAUCGAGAUGGGAACAUAGUAUUUGUAUCAGAAAAUGUCACACAGUAUCUGCAGUAUAAACAAGAAGAUUUGGUUAAUACAAGUGUGUAUGGUAUCUUGCAUGAAGAGGACCGGAAGGAUUUUCUUAAAAACUUACCUAAAUCUUCAGUUAAUGGAGUUUCUUGGAGUAAUGAAGCACCGAGACAGAAGAGCCAUACAUUCAAUUGUCGAAUGAUGGUGAAAAGCUCUCAUGACCUCUUUGAAGAUGUAGGUGGCUAUCAGGAUAUUCGUCAAAGAUAUGAAACUAUGCAGUGCUUCGCUUUAUCGCAGCCAAGAGCUAUGAUGGAAGAGGGGGAAGAUUUGCAGUCCUGUAUGAUUUGUGUGGCACGUCGUAUCACAACUGCAGAAAGGGUAUUUCCAGGAAAUCCAGAGAGCUUUAUUACAAGACAUGAUCUUUCAGGCAAACUUGUCAACAUUGAUACAAACUCAUUACGAUCUUCCAUGAGACCUGGCUUCGAAGAUAUAAUUCGUCGCUGUAUUCAGAGGUUCUUAUGCCACAAUGAUGGGCAGUCAUGGUCAAAUAAACGCCACUAUCAUGAAGCUUAUACACAAGGUCAUGCUGAAACCCCAUUGUAUAGAUUUUCUUUAGCGGAUGGUACAAUAGUGACAGCACAAACAAAGAGUAAGCUGUUUCGAAAUCCUGUAACUAAUGACCGCCAUGGAUUUGUCUCUACCCACUUCCUUCAAAGAGAACAAAAUGGAUAUCGGCCAAAUCCUAAUUCUGUUGGGCAAAACAUCAGAACAACUGUGACUGGAAACACAAAUUCUGUUAAUGGUCUUAUGAACAUGUCACCUGGUCAAGCCAUGCCAAUGCAGAACAGAAACUAUGGGAUGGGAGAUCCCAAUGCAGUGGGUCAGCUCACCAGCACUCGAUUUGGAAGCCCUGGGAAUAUGGGGCCAGUGAACUCUGGAACUGGCAUGCAGUCCUCUGCUUAUCAGAGUAACAGUUUUGGGUUAAAUAUAAGUAGCCCACCACAUGGCAGUCCUGGCUUAACUUCCAGCCAACAGAAUCUAAUGGUAUCUCCUAGGAAUCGAGGGAGUCCAAAAAUGAGUUCACACCAGUAUUCUCCAGUUACAGGUAUGCACUCGCCUAUGGGAUCUGCCAGCAACACUAGCAACAGCACUUUUUCUAGCAGUUCUCUAAGUGCUCUGCAAGCCAUUAGUGAGGGUGUUGGAAAUUCCCUUUUAUCAACACUUUCUUCACCGGGUCCAAAAUUGGAUAAUUCCCCAAACAUUAGCGUAACUCAGCAAAUUAAAACAAGUACCCAGGACUCCAAAAGCCCUUCUGGUUUGUAUUGUGAACAAAACCAAGUGGAAAGUUCCAUAUGCCAGUCAAGCAGCAGAGAUCUCUUCAGUGAAAAAGAUAGUAAAGAGGGAAAUCUGGAGGCAUCUGAAAGUCAGAGAGGACCAUCUGAGAGUAAAGGGCAUAAAAAACUCCUUCAGCUACUUACGUGCUCCUCAGAUGAAAGAGGACAUUCUACAGCAUCAAACUCACCUUUAGACUCAAAUUGUAAAGAAUCUUCUACCACCGUUGCCAGUCCUUCAGGAGUUUCCUCAUCCACAUCUGCAGGGGUAUCUUCCUCCUCAAACAUGCAUGGGUCACUCCUGCAAGAGAAGCACAGGAUUUUACAUAAAUUGUUGCAGAAUGGUAAUUCUCCAGCAGAGGUGGCCAAGAUCACAGCUGAAGCUACUGGUAAAGACACAUAUCACGAUGCUAGUAACACAACCUCUUGUGGAGAAGACACUGUCAAACAGCAACAACUAAGUCCAAAGAAGAAAGAAAACAAUGCUUUACUAAGAUAUCUACUAGAUAAAGAUGAUAUUAAGGAACCGCUUUCCAAAGAGCUGAAGCCUAAAGUAGAAGGUGUGGAUAAUAAGAUGGGACAAUGCACAAGUUCUGCAAUUCCCACUUCAAGUCAAGAAAAAGAGAUGAAAAUAAAAAUGGAGCCAGCAGAGGAGAUGAAUGGAGACUUGGAUAAUUUGGAUGCAAUUCUAGGUGAUCUUACUAGUUCAGAGUUUUACAAUAAUGCUAUCUCUGCAAAUGGAAAUAACCCUGGAACAAAGCAAGCAUUAUUUCAAGGAAAUGCCCUGUUGGGUGUGAAGAGUUCCCAGUCUGUGCAGACUACUCGCCCACCUUUUAACAGAGCCAUGUCUUUAGACAGCCCGAUGGGCUCAGGUGCUUCAGUGAGGAAUGUCAAUGCAUUCUCCAUGUUACAAAAGCAAAACUUGAUGGGUGGAAGUCCAAGAAUGAUUGAAAACCAAGAAAAUUUUGGAGCAAAUCUGGCAAGUGCUCCCCACAGAAAUGUGGCGAUGAAUCAGCAUCAACCAGGAGACUGGGGUUUGCCAAACUCCAAAGUGAACGGAUUGGAAUCCGCAAGUUCUGCUGCAAUGCUGAGACCAGGAGUUGAAUUUAGUACAACCCUUCCGAGGCCCCCAGAGGCUGGCUCUGUCUCUGGGCUGCCUGUUCGCUCUAACAGCAUACCUGGUAAUAGGCCAAUGCUGCAACAGCAAAUGAUUCACAUGAGGCCAAAUGAGAUAAACAUUGACAUGGGAGGUAAUCCCUAUGGACAGCCUGGACCUUCUAACCAACCUGGAUUGUGGCCUGACAAUAUGAUGUCCAUGGAGCAAGCGUCACGGGGUUCACAAAACAGACUACUAGUUAGAAGCUCUUUGGAUGAUCUCUUAUGUUCAGCACCAAAUAUGGAAGGCCAGAAUGAUGAAAGGGCACUUCUAGAUCAGCUGCACACACUAUUGAGUAAUACAGAUGUCACAAGUCUGGAAGAAAUUGACAGAGCUUUAGGAAUUCCUGAUCUUGUAAACCAAGGACAAGCUUUGGAACCCAAACAAGAUUCAUUUCAAGGUCAGGAAUCUUCAGUUAUGAUUGACCAGAAGCCUUUGUUAUAUGGUCAACCCUAUCAAGGGCAAGGGGCAGCAAUGCCAGGAAGUUUUAGUAACAUCCAGGGACAACAGCCGUCUUUUAAUUCAUUGAUGAAUCAGAUGAGCCAACCGAGCAAUUUUCCUCUGCAAAGUAUCCAUCCCCGAGCAAAUGUGAUGAGACCUAGGACCAACACACCAAAGCAGCUACGCAUGCAGCUCCAGCAGAGGCUCCAGGGACAGCAGUUUAUGAAUCAGACCCGUCAAAGUCUUGAAAUAAAAAUGGAAAAUCCAGUCAGUGGUACUAACUCAGUGAUGAGACCAGUUAUGCAGCCACAGGUGGGAUCCCAGCAACAAGGUUUUCUUAAUGCUCAAAUGGUGGCUCAGCGUAACAGGGAACUAAUAAGUCACCAUUUUAGACAACAGAGGAUGGCAAUGAUGAUGCAGCAGCAACAUCAACCUCAGGCCUUCAGUCCACCACCAAAUGUGACAGCCUCAGGAAGCAUGGAUAGUGCUUUGACAGGCCCUCCAAUGGCUCAAGUUCCUUCACAGCAAUUCCCCUAUCCACCUAAUUAUGGAAUAAGCCAACAACCCGAUCCUGCAUUUAGUAGAGUAUCAAGCCCUCCCAAUCCAAUGGUGUCAUCAAGAAUUGGACCCUCCCAGAAUCCUAUGCUGCAGCAUCCUCAGUCAGCAACAAUGUACCAGUCCUCAGAGAUGAAAGGCUGGCCCUCAGGAAGCAUCCCCAGAAACAGUUCUUUUCCCCAGCAGCAGUUCAGCCAUCAAGGUAGCCCAGCAGCAUACAGUAUGAUGCACAUGAAUGGCAGCAGUGGCCAUAUUGGACAGAUGAGUAUUAAUACCAUGCCUAUGUCAGGACUGCCUAUGGGUCCAGACCAGAAAUACUGCUGACAUCUAGAACCACAUCUUCAAACAAGAAUGGUUGAAUGCACUAGUGUUAUAAAGGAAAGUGACACAUUCUUCAUGGCAAGUCAUACUGGGCUUAACAGAAACCAGUGAUAAAUUUCGUCAUCCAGAGGAAAACAAACGAAUAAAAACCCCUACCCCAACAAAAAUACAUUUUGGUAGAAGCAGCCUAUGAAUUACUGAUGAUGUGGGGUACAAAAAAAUGUCAUUAAUAUUUUUGGCACUCUUCCUCUAGGAAUGUGAAUUUGGUAAUGCCAUUUUAAUAGAUUUGAUGAGUAGACUCCUGGAAUACUUUAUCUGUUUACUGUAGCUAUCCAAAGCCCUUUAGCCCAGGCAGACAAAAGUGCCUGGAGAAGUCACAGUGGUAAGAAUUUCCUGAUUUCUCUUAUAACAAUAUCUGACAGAGAAUGUAGUUCUUAGCCUUCUCUAUUUUAUAAGAAUCCCUGAAUAGAAAUGCUGCUUUUAGUCUCUUAUCCCAAGAGUCAGGGAUUUCGCAAGCAAAGUAGCAGUGCAAAAUUAUUUGGCAUGUGCUAGUCCAAAAUCCUGUCUGUUGAAGCCAAGGGUUGAAAAGAGAGGAUAAACAAUUUAAAUUAUUUAAACACAACUGUGACUAAUAUUUAGAUAUUGCUGUGCAGCUGAGUGCACUUUAUAGAGGACUAUAUAACGGAUUGAUGCAAUGUCUUUGAUAAGGACUUAAUAUGAAGGUAGGGUGUACUCAUAUUCCUUCACAAACACAAUCUCUUAAAAAUUAUUUGAAAAAACUGCAUAAUGUAAUGUUUUCUGUGUGUGGAAAUUAGAGCAAUAAUCUUUCAUCUUUUUUUGAAAAAAGCUUCAGAAAACUCAAGGCAAGACACUGCAGCCCGAAUCAGAAUUUUGCAGUCUUUUUUUGUGAAUAAAUUUUGUAAAUAUGAUCUUUAAAAUAAUGUAUUAUACAUAUGACUUUUAUAGGUCACUAACUCAUUUUUGCAGAGUUUGUGAAACUAAACGUUUAACAAAAUUGAUUCUGGAAACUGAGUGUAGCUGAGGUCCAAAUUUUUUUUUUUUAAUUACAUUUAAGGACUUUGAAGCUGGGUGACUUUGGCCCACAUAUUUAUCUUCUUUGGUCUUCAACACUUCAUUUAUUUUUACAUGUUUUAACAUAGAGCUUUUUAUAAAAAAAUAGACCAGUUGUUGAAUACUUUCUCCACCUCUGAGCACUUUUGUUACAUUUUUUACCUAAGGCAGUUUGACACGAAGGCUCUGCUCUGUAAGAUCUUACAAUUUGUCAGGACAGACCUGUCUGUCUAUAAC